AUGAGUCAGGAUAAAGCAAAGAAAAAGCAAAAUCCAGCUGGAAACAGAUGUGACAUACCCAUUCCCUGCGAACAAAGCUUCCAUAACAGCCCAGCAGCCUGGUUCAUCAGGGCAGCCUGGGAGCAGAGCAGCAUUACAAUGGAAAUCCUUAAAUUAGACGCACCAGAGAGAUUGGGGCCAUGCAGCAAACAUGGGGAAAGCAUUGAUCAGAUGGUAGAUCUGACAGCCCCCUGGAGAGCCCAGCAUGGCAAGCGUGAUGGAGAUGAGAAAAGCUUCAGCACCAUGAGGAGCCACGUGGGUACCAUGCAGCCGGGAGAGAGAGCACAUAAGUAUGCCAAAUGUGGGAAACGCUUAGUUAAGAAGGGGCAUCUCACAGCCCAUCGGAGACCUCACAGGAGACAGGGCCCUGAGGAACCCAAUGGAUGUGAGGGAAAUACAACAGUAACAGGAGAUCUCACAGCCCAUCAGAGAACUCUCAGUAGACAAGGCUCACAGGAACCCAACAGGUGCAAGAGAAAUCUGACAGGAGAUCUCAUAAGACACAAGAUAAGCACCACAGAAGCGGAACCAUCCCCCAGCCUGCAAGUCGAGGAAAGCCACCAGGGAGCACUCUCCGCCCCAAGGGAAGGCCUGAGGAGAAAGUGGACUCACAUGUGCUCUGAGUGCGGGAAGAAGUUCAGCAAGAAAGGCAACCUCACCAAGCAUCAGCGCACCCACCGGGAUGAGCGGCCAUUCAAGUGUGGCCAGUGCCAGAAGAGCUUCUUCAUGAGGUCCCAGCUUGCCCAGCAUGAGAGGAUCCACACAGGGGAGCGGCCGUACAAGUGUGCCGAGUGCGGCAAGUGCUUCACCCAGAAGUCCAACAUCAUCAUUCACCAGAGGAUCCACACAGGGGAGCGGCCGUUUAAAUGCGCUGACUGUGGGAAGAGCUUCAUCGACAAGUCACAGCUCAUCACACACCGCCGGACCCACACGGGGGAGCGCCCCUUCACAUGCAGCGAGUGCGGGAAGGGGUUCCGGCAGAAGAUCACCCUCAUCACGCACCAGAGAAUCCACACAAGGGAGGAGCCCUACACUUGUCCUCAGUGCAGCAAGAGCUUCAGCCAGAAGGCCAACCUCAUGAGGCACCAGCUGAUCCACACGCAGGAGGGGCCGUACAUAUGCACCGAGUGUGGAGAAAGCUACAGAGCCAUCGGGCACCUGAAGAGGCACCAGCUGAUCCAUGCCGGUGAAAGGCCCCACGUCUGCACCAAAUGUGGGAAGAACUUCACCCGCAAAUCAAGCCUCAACAGGCACCAGGAGAUCCACGCCAACGACAGGCCGUAUGCGGUGGUGGCAGCAGAAAACCUCUCCGUGGUCUAUGAGAUAAUGCAGGUCCCACUCUAGCACUAGCGCUGUGGAAUGUUGAAUUGCAAUGCAGAUUUCCUGUGUCACCUGUAGGAGGUGCUCAGAAGCUCCCCUGGGGCUGCUCUCUCUCUCCACUUCCAUGGAGUCUAAAUACCUGAAAAUCCAGCGGAGGACAAAAAGCAUAGGCUGGGUCCUUGCCACUGUUUUAAUUUGUUUUUACUUUCACGGUAGUACAAUCUAAUAGGACCUCAAUCUGUGCAUUGCUUUUGGAGGGAGAGUUAGAGAAGGACAAAGGAGGAGGAGAAGUAGGUGACAGCAGCACCGUCCCUCCCUCUGAAGGAAUCAAGGUGACACUCUGCAACCUGUUAGAAAACAUGUUGUUCCCUAGACACCAUGGCUGCAUGAGAUGGGGGUCAGGCCUGGAGUGACUAAAUAUUCAGGCUCAUGCCAUGGCUCCUAUGAGAGUUACAGUCUGAGCGCACAGCCUCUGCUCUGAAUUGGUAGAGAGGUUCUCCCGCCCUUUCCCACCAAUGCUUCCUUGGUAGAGGAAGGAGGGUGUCUUUGUUUAAUGUAUGGUGUUAGGUUCUGGGCCCACACAGUUGGUUUCUCUUGCUGCCCUUGUUCUUGGUGUCAUUUCCCACAUCGCCUGCACCUGCUCCAAACCCUAUCGUUCAGGCCACUCUCCAGCGGUGUCUGAAAACAGCCCUCCUUAACACAGCUGCCCAGUGGAUGUCCAGGCCUCAUUAGCAUGUGCAGUCUGCCGAUUGACAUAUGCCAAUAUGCACCUAGUGGUUGUUUUUGCUUAGCCCUGAGCACCCAAGGAUUUUGCAUGGGCCCUUCUGAAAAUCCCACAGAGCACUGGGUAUAAGACAUGUCCAAAACCGACCUUUAAAAAUCCCUUGGUCACCCCAAAUCCUACCGGAGCCCCUCGGAUGGGGCCCCAAAUCGCUA